UUGUGCUGACAGAGACAAAACUGCAGGGAUCAGGUGUUACAUCACACGGCCAGCGGGGACAACGAGUACUCGGAGAUCAGACAGACGGACAGAAGCCUCCUCUGCUCACUCUAUCAUCAUGACUAUGAUAAUGUCACGGAGCUCCAUGCGUGGCACCAGCAUGGGCGGUGUUGGUUUCGGCGGGGGCGGAGGACGCAUGAGUUCGUUCAGCAUGGCAGGAGGAGCAGGAGGCGGAGGGGUCAGGGUCUCCAGUGCCAGCAGGAGCUUUUCCUCUGGAGGCAGUGGCAGCUUUGGCUUUGGUGGUGGAGCAGGUGGCGGUGGUGGUGGCGGUGCAGGUUUCGGGUUCGGUGGAGGUGCAGGCUCAGGUGGAGGUUUCAGCAUGGCAGCAGGUGAUGACAGUGUGGUCGGCAACGGGAAGUUCACCAUGCAGAACCUGAACGACCGUCUGGCCACCUACCUGGCCAAGGUGGCGGCACUGGAGAAGUCCAACGCCGAGCUGGAGCUGAAGAUCAGGCAGUUUGUGGAGAGCAAGGUUGGCCCCUCCACCAGGGACUACAGCGUCUUCUACGCCACCAUCGCAGAGAUGCAGGCUAAGAUCCAGGAAGCCAUCCUCCUUAAGGGAACAGUCCUGCUGAGCAUCGACAACGCAAAGCUGGCUCAGGACGACUUCAGAAUGAAGUAUGAGAACGAGCUGACGAUGCGUCAGUCGGUGGAGGCCGAUAUCGCCGGACUGAAGAUGCUGGUGGGAGAACUUGCAGUGGCCAAAACUGACCUGGCCAUGCAGAUCGACCUCCUGACAGAGGAGCUGACAUCCAUGAGGACGAUCCACGAGGAGGAUCUGGUCUCCAUGCGCACUCAGAUGAGCGGACAGGUGAAUGUGGAGGUGGAUGCCGCCCCUCAGCAUGACCUCACUAAGGUGUUGGAAGAAGUCAGGGAAUACUACGAGGCCGCCAACGCCAAGAGCAGCAAAGACCUGGAGGGCUGGUUCCAGGCAAAAUCUGAAAUGAUCUCUCAGGAGGUGGCUACAACAGAGAUGACACUGAAAUCAUCAACGUCUGAGGUUAAGGAGGUGAAGUCUCAGCUACAGUCCCUUGAGAUCGAGCUCCAGUCACAGAUGAGCAUGAAAACCUCUCUUGAAUCUACCAUGGCAGAAAUCCAAAGCCGCUACAGCAUGCAGAUGGGCUCAUACCAGACAUUUGUGGUCAGUCUGGAGGAGCAGCUGGUGCAGCUGAGAGCUGACCUGGAGCGUCAGGGACAGGAGUACCAGAUGCUGCUGGACAUCAAGUCCAGACUGGAGAUGGAAAUCGCUGAGUACAGAAGGCUGCUUGACGGAGAGGGAAUGGGAUCUGCAAAGAUGUCUUCUAUGUCAUCCUCUUCCAUGAUGUCCUCUUCCUUGGCAUCCUCUGGCUUGGUGUCCUCUGGCUUGGCAUCCACUGCCUUGGAGACCUCUGCCACGUCCGUCGAUUCCUCUUCCUCCUCCACCACCUCCACAACCACCACCACCGUCAUCACAAAAGUCAUCGAGGAGACCAUCUAAGCCUGAUCACAUGUCUGUCUGAUCCUGAAUCCAACUUCAACCAAUCACCUUCCUGCAUGCUGACCCCCCCCCCCCAGCUGCAGAUCUGUCACUUCACUUUUUUUUGGCUGUAGUUUAAACCACAUCAACUCAGAUAUUUUCGGUAUUAGAGGGGAAAUUUAAGCUUCCUUGAUAGUCUGAGUGGGGGAUGAGUUUAACAAACCCUCUGUCUGAUGCUGCAAGGAAUAAAACUAAGUCAACUGAAA